GUUAAUAAUUGUUCCAUAGGCGUGGCACAGACGUUUCCAUCAUGGGGACAACGGGGAUGACGCAAAAAGACCCGAGUUUGCCCCAAAAAAGGGGCAAAUUGACUAGAGGCCGUUAUGAGAUGUCCCAAGAUCUCCUAGACAAGCAGGUCGAGAUCCUAGAGAGGCGGUACGGAGGUCUCAGAGCUCGAAGGGCAGCGGUCACCAUCCAAAGGGCGUUUAGACGGCGACAGCUGCUGAAGAAGUUUAGCGCCAUCACGGCGAUGGCAAAGGCUGCUGACUCCACCGCGAGGAGAAUGCAGGACGGGCCUGAUCAUGGCCAGCUAGUCAAUGGUACAGAUAUCUACGCGAAUACACUGCUCCAGAAGAGUCCAGCGGGUGCGGAGAAGAUGUUGGCUCUCACCAGGCCGAUGAGGUCCAUGUCUCUGAGAGAACGGCACGAUAUGGAUAUGAG